UUAUUACUUCCGUACAGUUUUUCUUGAUUCAUUUGGAAAUUCCCCAAAAACAAAACAACGAGGCUAGGCCUAGCCUACCAUCGGUUUCAUAUCGUUCAACGUGUUCUGUACAACACACAUGAGAGUUUAGAAUCUGUUUUAAAGAUGAUAAAUUAAGGCAAAAUAAUGAAGAAAUAAUUGAAUGAUAUCGUUGUUGACUUUGAUUCAUAAUUGCUUGGAAGCGAUCUCCCUGAUCUCGGCAGGAGGAGAUGUAAGAGCAUCAAAAACAGAAAACAAAAACCAAUUUGAAGAUCAUUACAAAGAACAAGAUAAUUUGCAAAUUGAAAACAUGGCUUCCAACGGUGGAGGGGACGCUUCGCUCUUGGAUUCAACUCCUCUUGUGAACACUAAACAGCAAAUACACUUGAGCGGUGAAGACGCAUGUGAUUCUUGCCCAGUCUACGGUAGAGAUGUACAGAUCGUGUCAAGCGACAACUCCGCAAUAGAUGUGAAUACACCUGGAAGUAGCAAGGUAAAGAUAACACCUGUAGUGAACUAUGACUGGGAGCAUAAGUAUUACAUAGGAAACCUCAUUGCAGUCAGCAGUAAUUAUGUAGCAUAUAUGCUAUUGAUUACCUCCGGCUAUGGUGUUCGUAUUUUAAAUAGGAAAACCUCAACCCGAGCCUUGAUCAAGGGAUUCACUGGCGUAGUCUCAGAUCUAGCUUUUGCGCAUACCAGUUCAAAUGUAUUAGCUUGCAUUGACAAGCUGGGCAACCUUACUGUGUAUGAAUUACAAGAUGUUAACGACAAAUUAGAGUUUGAGCUUAAGGUGAAUUUAACCCAAGAUGGAAAUAAUAUUAGUAGUGAUUUCCACCGAGUUGUAUGGUGCCCUUACAUUCCUGAAGCUCCCAGUGAAACCGGUUCCACAGUCUCAAAUGAAGAGGGCGGUAGAAUCCUAGCUGUGACCCAUGAUAACAUUGCCGAAGUCUGGGAUAUAGAUCUGAUAGCCGAAAAGUUUGGAAAAGAGCCAAAACCUGUAUCUGAUGUCACAGAAGGAGUAAUAAGGGUGCUGGACGGACACUCCAAGCCAAUCAGCGAUAUUGCAAUAGCGCCAGAUGCGUCGGUCUUGGCAACAGCUAGUGCUGACGGUAGUGUCAAGUUCUGGCAGAUCUACUGGGAAGGCAAUGACCCACCGCGGAGGCUUCACCAGUGGGUUCCUCACAAUGGCAAAGCCAUAUCCACCAUCUUAUUCUGUGACAAUCAUAAGUUCCAAGAUCCAAAUGUUCAUUUCUGGAGAUUUCUGAUAACUGGUGCCAACCAAAACAGUGAGCUAAAAAUAUGGUGUACAGUUACUUGGACUUGUCUGCAAACUGUAGUGUUCUCUAGUCCCACCCCUCAGCCUUACCCCAGCCUAAAAGCUAAGCUGGACCUGACUGCAUCAUAUAUAAUUAUGUCGGAUAUUAAAAGAAAGGUGCUGUAUAUAUUGCAAAUUUACCAGAACGCAGAAGUGGGCACCGCCCACAUUAGCUCCAUAUCGGAGUUCCUCCUGACCCAACCUAUGCUCAGUUUCUUUGUUGUCGACGCCAGCCAGAAGAAGUUCAAACACACCGCCGAGUACGAUAAUAACGAUGAAACGUAUCUUUCAGGAGAAAUCGAAAGUAGUAUUGGGACAGUCGUCAAAAUGUUUUGUGUUCACACAAAGUCUUUGCAAGAAUUUCAAGUUAGAUUCCAACCACAGUCUUCAGUUGUACAAUCUGUAUCUGGAUCCAUAAGCACAUUGUCACAGGAUGAUAUAGCCUUACAAGAUGGUUUGUCUGACAUGAGUUUUAUGGACCAAUCCAUCGAUGCUGACAUCUCUCAAGGAGAAAUUGAAACACAAGCACCUCUGGAUGGAGAUCACCAUCUAACGCCAUCAAACUCUGCUACUGCUUCCUUCACCUCCGAAUCUACUCGCUCUAGUAGUCAGCCAGUGUUGAUGACUCCGCAAGACUUCAUGAAGGGUCCUCGCCAGCAAUCUUAUGAUGGCAUUUCUGCUGUUGGUGAAAGUGUCUCUAGUACUAGUAGUUUUACGCAGGUGACUGCUAUGAACAGCUCUGUUGAUGAACUCUUGAUUUCCAGGUCAUCCUCUGAUAACACAAGGAUCAUGACUCCAGAGAGUUCCCUCACCAUGACUCCUUCGUCUCUACAUCCAACACCGGAAUCUGCAUCUCUGUUGACUCCAUCCUCAUUGCCACUGCCAUUGUCACCUGCUGACUACGAUGGCACACCAGUGAGCUCAAGAUCAGGUGGCGGAGGAAAAUCCAGACUUCUGGAAAAGAGGCUGUCAGAUUCAAGUGCUGAAGUGGCCACGAUUCUUGGUCAGGAUAUUGCACCAGAGGAGGUCAUGAAGGAUGAAUCAACGCCAACUAUGCAUGAAAAGUUGGAUAACAAGGAUGAUGUUGCGGACUUUGCUAAACCUGGUACUGAAGACAAGGAUGAAUUAUCCGAUACAAAGGAGAACCAAGAAGCUGAAAUGAAGCAAGCAAGUUUGGACGAGUUUCCUCCAGAUGAUUUUGAAUCAACAGUAGAUGAAGGUCAAGAUUCUAGUGCUGUUCACGCUCAAGAUAACGGAGGUCGUGAUACAAGUUCUGACGCAGAUGUGUCAUCAUCCAGUAAGGAUCAGACUUUGUUAGGACGUCUAAAGAAAGAGAAACGUAAGCACGCAUCACCGAAAGUCACAGUAAGAAGAAGUCUACAAAUCCCUGAACAGCCCUGCAUAGAUCUAAGCAGUGUAACAGAUGGAAUAAAAGAAAUAAGUGAUAGAUUAGAUAAACAACAAGAGGAGAUACUGCAGCUAAGGAAAGAGAUGAGUAGAAGUCAGCUUUCAAAUAGCAUAAAUCAGUCUCUCAAAUCCAGAAUAGAUAAAUUAGAAAAGGGGCUGGGCACCAGAAUGGAAUCUAUAUUCACCAAGUUCUCCGACACGGAGCGUCAAAAAAUGAAGCUUAGCCAACAGGAAGACAAACAGAAACAAGAUAAACUGAUGGAUAACAUAUCACAUACACUGCGUCAAUCGGUAACCACGAAAUUGGACAAAACAGUCAAGGCAGAAAUACAGCAGAAUAUACUGCCCCAGAUUGAGAAAAUGGUACAACCACUUGGUGAGCGAUUACACGAGACGGUGAGCCAUAAAAUCACGGCGACCAACGACAUCAUGAGAGAAAAUAUAUCUAAACUUGUCAAAUCAAGAUCAACAACUGAAGCAAUGGGUCAAGCAGCAGCCAAUACUCUAUCAAAUACGAUCCAGUCAACGUAUAGAGAUGCGUUUCACACUUCCAUUCUACCAGCGUUUGAAAGAAGCUGUCAGAACAUGUUGUCCCAGGUCAAUGCUGCCUUCGAGUCAGGUACACGAGAAUACCUACAGCAUGUAGAUUCUCAAAUGCAAGACUUGCGACAGAAACAUGUGGAUGCCAAGGAUCCGGUUGUUGCAGAGUUGAAGGCCUUAGUUGCGAACUUCAAAGAAAGCUCUGCCCAGCUACAUAUAGAUACUUCGUCUUUGAUCCAAGAAGAAAUUGGUGCGAAGCUUGACCAAAGCCUAGAAAGGAUGGAGAAAAGUAUGUUGAGCAGCAUUAAGGAAGUAGUGAAGGAGGAAUUAACAGUAGCACUACAGGACCAUUCAGUGACUGUGCAAGAUAGUAUUAGUGCUGCUAUUCGCUCGCAGACACCUCUCCCACAGAUUGAUCUCCAGGUCACGCAGACAAAGAUUGCUCAACAGCUCAGCCAAGGUCACAUCAAUGAGGCCUUCCAGACGGCUCUCAGUGCAUCUGAUCUUCGCUUAGUGCUAUUUGCAUGCAAGUCAUUUAGCCCGGAUGAUUUAUUCGGACAGGUUCCUUGCCCGGUUGACCAACCAGUCAUUUUGUCCUUACUUCAGCAGUUAUCACAUGAACUGGAUACAGACACCGAUAUCAAAUAUAGCUAUUUAGAUGAAUGCGUGCUUGCCAUCGACCCAAGCAACGUCCUGACUCGCGAACAUCUUCCGGGGGUUGUCACAGGGAUGUGUCAAAGGUUAUCGGAGUUCGUGGAGAAGAAUCGCAGCCAUAACCUACGAAAGCCAAUUCGCAAGUUAAUUAUGCAAGCCCAAGCCAUCUUGAAAUGAAACCAACGAUUAAUUGAUUUCACUGUAACCUUUUCUUUAUUCUCUGCACACAUGUUUUCAUUAACCAGCAAUGAUGGAGAAAGCACUUCUUCGCAUAUUUAUUUAUUUCAGCCAUUGUCCAUAAAUAACAUAAAAUCCUUGAGAUGUCGUAAAGAACUUGCAUCAAGCUCACAACAAGCUAUUUUUCAUGACGGAAUACAAAUAAUUGCUAGUACUAAAAUAUUUUCCCCAUAUCAUUAAUUUCAUUGAUUAGUUAUUGUAUGAUCAUUAUUGUUAAUUAAUAAUAUAGUUAUUAAUAUUUUCAUUAUCAAUGAUAAUCAUAAAAUAUAUUAAUAAUUUAAUUAUGUAUUUGCAGUAAUUUCACAAUACAGUAAUCAUCAUUAUUAAAAAUUUAAUAAUUACAAAUUAUCAAUCUGGUUGUAAUAAAGGAUAUUGCCUCUUUGGUAUAUGACCUAACUUCAUGACCUCUACCCAUAUGACCUAGUAUUUUGGCCUCUAGUUUCAUAAUCUCUAGCUUCAUGACCUCUAUCUUCAUGACACCAGACUGUCCUCAUGAUAGUUGACCCUAAAGUUACUGUAUCAGUGUUGGUUUAAAUGUCAAUAUAAAACAUUUUUAUAAAAUAUCAAUAAUGCUAUUUCAUGUUUUAUUUGUAUCUAACUUUACUUCUACAGUUUACUCGGUGUUUCACCCUGGAUUUCUUUAAUAUACUAUCAAAAAAGCAAUUAAAACAUUUUUUUUUUAUAUUCCUAUUUAGUAACCUAGCUUUUUAUAUAAAAUGUUGCCAUUGUUAUGUUGAUUUUAAGUGAUUUUGUAUGAUUUUGUUAGUAUUUUUUUAAUUCUAACUGCAGCAAAUUAAUCUGUCAUGUGUUCUUUGUAAACUAGUAGCUAACACCCUUUUGUAAAUAUUUCUGUUGAGAUACUUAGUAUUAAAAAAAAACGACCUAAAAAUCAUCUUGAGAAUGUUAUUAGUCUAUAUAGGUGCAAACAACAGCAAUAUUGUUUAUUUCAUUAUUGAGAGUAGAGUGUGGGCGACAAUUUGUGAUUUGAUCUGUUCAUGUGCAUUUGUUUGUUGUAUUUUUUAGAGAGGAUAUUAAAUAAAUGAAAUUA